AUGGCUCGGCAAAUCCAGGACUUUUCACUGCUCGACGCAAGCAUCUCGGAGCUCCAAUCCGCUCUCUCUUCAGGCACGCUCUCUAGCGUCGAUCUUGUAUCAAGAUAUCUCCGAAGAAUCAGCGUAUUCGAUGCAAAUGGCAUCAAACUCAGUGCAAUCCCAAUUAUAAACCCGUCCGCCAUCGACGAUGCAGCGGCCUCCGAUGCCCGACGCGCAGCGGGUCUACCACCGCGGCCACUAGAGGGUAUCCCAUACCUCGCCAAAGACAGUAUCAAAGUCAAGGGCAUGAGCGUCGCGAGCGGAUCGCCAGCUUUUGAAACCCUGAUUGCCAACGAAGAUGCAGCGUGUAUCAACGUUCUCCGCGAUGCCGGUGCGAUCCUCCUAGGCCGCACUAAUAUGCCUGCAAUGGCAUACGGUGGUAUGCAGCGUGGCUGCUACGGCCGUGCCGAAAGCCCAUAUAACAGCGCAUAUCUGGCUGCGGCGUAUGCAUCAGGCUCAUCGAAUGGAUCUGCAGUCGCUACUGCAGCCAACUUUUGUGCCUUUUCGCUCGGUAGUGAGACCGUUUCUUCGGGCCGUUCGCCUGCAUCUAACAACUCCGUCGUCGCUUAUACACCUUCGAAAGGCCUACUUCCUCUUCGCGGUGUCUGGCCUCUCUACGCCACCUGUGAUGUCCUGGUACCUCACACCAGGAUUAUGGCCGACAUGUUCCACGUUCUCGAUGUCCUAGCCGUUUCUGAUCCUACCCCGAAAGGUGAUUUCUAUCAGGAGCAAAAGCUCAUUUCUCUGCCUUCAAUCGAUACACUUCGGCCGCAAUCAUUUUCAAUGCUCCGGGACAGUUUGUCCUUGCGCGGGAAGCGUAUCGGCGUGCCAUCGAUGUACAUCGGAGGCGAUCAGUCAUCCCUCAACCCCGCCAGCAAAGUCAAUACACGUCCCUCAAUUGUCAAACUCUGGCAACAUGCCAGAGAAGUACUUGUAACGUGCGGCGCGGAGAUAAUCGAAACAGACUUCCCACUUGUAACAACUUACGAAUCUAAUGCCGACAAAGGCCAGCUUGUCACAGUUGCAGGACUACCAAAAGGCUGGUCAGCAAUGGAGCGAAGCGAGCUAGUAGCGCACAUCUGGGAUGAUUUCCUCAUUACAAAUGGGCAGGAAGGUCUCAGCUCUCUGGCGCAGGUCGAUCCAGCUACCAUUUUCCCGCUCGCGCCGUGGUCAUUGAAGGGGUCUCCCGAUGCAGCGAAUGCGCUGCGAUGGGACGAUAUGGUAAAGUACCCGCUCAGGAGACCUGAUUCUAUUUUCGAUAUCCCGGGACUUAAGGAUGGGAUCCAGGCGCUGGAAAAUGCGCGCAAAGAGACGUUUGAGAGGUGGAUGGAUGGGCUUGGGCUUGAUGCUGUGGUUUUCCCGGCUAAUGGUGAUGUGGGGGCCGCGAAUUCGGAUCGUGACGAGGUUUCUUCAUUAUUUGCUUGGAGUAAUGGGGUUAAAUAUUCCAAUGGGAAUAGGCCUAUCCGGCAUCUAGGUGUGCCCACCAUUUCGGUUCCUAUGGGACUUAUGGAGGAUACGGGGAUGCCUGUGAAUCUCACUUUUGCUGGGAAGGCGUAUGACGAUAACAAUUUGCUUAAGUAUGGGUUUGCAUUUGAGGAGGCGAUGAAGGGUCGCGUGAAGCCUUCGUCUGUACCUGCCCUUGACUCCGAUUGUAUCAAGGUUGGUCAGAACACUUGCUCAUGGACUUCUCACCCUGCCGCUGAGUUGGUGGUGCAGGCUCAGUCGAAGAAAACGGAGGACUCCAAGGUUGUUGUUCACAUUGAGGGGUUGGUGGUACCUAAUGAUAUUGAACUGGAUUUACUAUCAUGCUAUGUCAAUGGCCAACCCUUCAACGCUGUCUCGGAUCGUGGUAGAUGGUCCCUUGUCGCAUCUUAUCCUGCUUCUGAGCGUGAUCAAACCUGGCAGAGAUGGUCGAGUCCUGCUUUAACCGAGACUAUUGUUGUCAUUAUAGCUCGUACAAAGUCUGGUUCGACCGCUGGAAAAUUGAUAUUGCUGUAA